GACUGUCUCAGUGAGCUCAACGGAGUUCCACCACGGCUUGAAAAGGUAUCUUCCUUGCUCGACAACCUGGAGUACGAUGAUCGGCACAACAGAAAGGCCUUUCCAACCUCGGCGAAGCAACCCAUGGCCAGGGCGCUUCCCCUUGCCAAGGCCCUUUGUGAUGUGUUGGUGCCGCUGGAGACGAUUCUCGAGUGGCGACAGAAGCCGCUGUCCCACGACAGCGACGGCGUGCGCCUGCUCGACAAGCUGCGAUGGGACCUCCGGGUGGCCUCCGGCGCAGAUCUCGGAGACCAUGAUAAGAGGCACCUGGCCAAGCAUGAGGCCCUCUAUGCUGCCGUCUCCUCUUUGGCCGCACCGGAUGCCGCCGCACGGAUGAAGGAGGGAAAGCAGCAGUGCGUCCGAUCUCGGCUUUACUUCAGCCACAACUCACAGCUCUCAG